GAAACCCUAACAGCACAAAGAGACUCACUCUCCCGCUUGCCACUCGCCCCUCGCCCCUCGCCCCUCGCCCUGUCUGACCCACCAUUUUGCGGUUCGGUAUUUGUUCUUGUUUGUGUUGUGUGCGAAUUAGUGAGAGGCAGUUGCAAGCUAAGAUACGAGGAUGGGUGUAUUUUGGGGGACUAGGGUUUUGGAGAUUGUGAAGAAACAUGAUUCUGGAGGCCUCGUUUGGAAGAGAAUUAAGCUCACUACUACCCGUAAAGCCAACGCCAAGAAGCGUCUCCUCCGCGUUUGGCAGAAUGAAGCUGUCCUGAGGGCAUGUUCUGAACCACCUCCUCCUAAAAGUUCUUCUGCCAGUAGCAAUAAAGCUCAUGACAAUGUCACACAGAGUUGAUAGAAGAGCCAUGAUGAUGGAUAAUAUUAGAUCCAUCUGAAAGCUGUAUCAUUAGUGCUUUAGGCUUCCCAAUCUGGGAACAUUUCUUUUCUGAUACUGUCUUCAGGCUUAGCAGGAUGCAUCACUUAGCCUCUUGUUUAAGCUUUGUUUUCAUGAAGAAAAAAAUAAGCAUUUUUGUCAAGUCUCAGUGCUCGAGUUAGUUAUUGCAACUGUUUAGAUUUGAUUCUGGUAUGUUGAGCAUCAGUACGAUUAUGUGCAGCAGGACUUGAAUUUGUUUUUCCCCUUGUUUUGAACAUGAUUUUAUCUUACAUCUUGUAUAUAUCAUCAUGAUUAUUGUAGCAGUGUAAUUGAGGUAGUAUUAAUGAAUGAAACUGGAAACUGCAUGUGU